CUCGAGGUGGAGCAUAAAAAUGCCCUCUAAGAGAUAUGAUACUGUUAUAUUGUGGCUGACAUAAUCGCCAACCCGAAUACGAGCACGACCAAAUAGAGCUGACCCCCUGCAAGCUCAAGCCGGGAGCCACCCGAACGGAGAUCGUCUCUUCGAUAUAGAUCUUCGACCUUGGUAUCAUCACCAGUAGCUUAUAGCUCCGUAAUAGACCCUAAGCCUGCCUUACAUCUAUCUUCUUCAAAACGACUCGACUUGCAAGCUGAAAGGGGGGGAAAUCCGCCACCAUGGAACUCCUACCAGACCUCAAGGGGGACUUGUUCCGACAGUAUCUUCAAGAGCAAGGUCUUAUAUCGCGACUCUCCCUAACCGUUGCAUCGAUUAUCGUCGUAGGAAUCCUCGUCAAUAUUCUGAAGCAACUCCUGUUCAAAUCCCCGAAUGAGCCACCCUUAAUAUUUCACUGGCUUCCCUUCAUUGGAAGCACUGUCACCUAUGGCAUGGAUCCGCCUCGAUUCUUCAAGGAGAACAGAGCAAAGUACGGUGAUAUAUUCACGUUCGUCCUACUCGGAAGAAAGACGACCGUGUAUCUAGGCAGCCAAGGGAACAACUUCAUUCUAAACGGGAAACAUCGAGAAAUCAGCCCCGAGGAGAUUUAUGCCGUCCUGACCACUCCGGUGUUCGGGAAGGACGUUAUUUACGACUGCCCCAAUGCAAAGCUCGUAGAGCAGAAAAAGUUCAUCAAGUUUGCCCUGACGAGCGAGGCCUUCCGAUCCUACGUCCCCAUCAUCUCCAACGAGGUGCAAGCCUAUUUCCAAAAGAGAGCCGACUUCAGGGGGAAGUCCGGCAUCGUCAACAUCCCGUCCAAGAUGGCCGAGAUCACCAUCUUCACGGCCUCGCACGCGCUCCAGGGCAGCGACAUCCGCGCCAAGUUCGACGAGUCGCUCGCGCCGCUGUACCACGACCUCGACAUGGGCUUCUCCGCCAUGAACUUCUCGCUGCACUGGGCGCCGCUGCCGUGGAACCGCAAGCGCGACAUUGCGCAGCAGCGCAUGUCGAAGCUGUACACGGACACGAUCCAGGAACGGCGGAGCCGUGGCGAUACCCAGGGCCUCGACAUCCUCACGCAUCUGAUGGGCUGCACGUACAAAGACGGCACCGCCGUUCCGGACCACGAGGUCGCGCACAUGAUGAUCGCGCUGCUUAUGGCGGGACAGCAUACGUCGUCCUCGGCUAGCUCGUGGAUCAUGCUGUGGCUCGCAGCCACGCCCAGUAUCAUGGAGGAUUUGCUUCAGGAGCAAAAAACCAACCUCGGCCCCAACCUCCCCCCCCUAACCUACGAAUCCCUCGCCAACCUGCCCCUGCACGAAGCCGUCGUGAAGGAGACCCUGCGCCUGCACGCCUCGAUCCACUCGAUGAUGCGGGCCGUGAAGCAGCCGCUGCACGUGCCGGGGACCAAGUACGUGAUCCCGCCUCACCACGUGCUGCUCGCGGCGCCGGGCAUCUCCGGCUCGGACCCGGCCUACUUCCCGGACCCGGAGGUCUGGGACCCGCGGCGCUGGCUGCGGGGGUCCGCGCGCGCGCCGACGUUCGCGCUGCUGCUCGACGACGCCGACUGGGAGGACAAGGCGGACUACGCCGUGGGCAAGGGCGCCAGCUCGCCGUACCUCCCGUUCGGGGCGGGGCGCCACCGGUGCAUUGGCGAGAAGUUCGCGUACGUCCAGCUGCAGACGAUCGUGGCGAACGUGGUGAGGCUGUUCAGGUUUGCCGCGGUGGAUGGGACGGAGGGCAAGGUGGGAGGCACGGAUUAUGCGUCCUUGUUCUCGAGGCCGUUGGAGCCGGCGAAUAUACGCUGGGAGAGGCGGCGAGGGUAGAUGGGUAGGUAGCAGGUAUUUAGUUAGGAAGAUUGUAAUAGAUGCCUACUCGGGUUCAUGGAGGUUCGUUGUGUUGAAUUUCUCUCGGUGAGGGUGCUUCUGGCAAGCGAAAUGGUGAAAAGGGGUAAUGAAGCUACUAGGUUAAGUACCUAAGCAGGCUACCACCGCC